AUGCAUUUUUCCAAGAUCCUUAUUGCCUCUGCUGCCUUUAUUCAAGGUGGCCUUUCAGCCGGCAUUUUGACCUACUCUGGUCGUGAUUGCACGGGCGAAGUCACGCAAACCACCGUUAAGAAUGGUGCUUGCACAGGCCCGUUGCCUGUAUUCCAGUCUUAUCGAGAAAAUGGAUGGGGUCCUAAGCAAACACGAAUCGGUUUUUAUGGUUCCGGUACAUGCACCGCGUACCUAUAUGAUACGUGGGCCUAUGAUGGAGAUUAUUUCAAAUCACGUCAAUGCUACAAUAUCAAUGGUCAUUCGCCGAAUGGGCAGAAGACUGGCGCCAGUGUCUUACUACACUAA